GAGCGGAGCGCCUCCAGAAGACCGCCAGGCGCCAUGGAGAGCGGCUGCGGCUCUGGAUCCGCGCGCCACUACGUCGACCCCUGGGACGUGGCCAGCUACGAGUUCCUGCUGGGCGCGCCCUCCACCGACAGCUCCGACUUCUACUUCGUCUCGCCGCAUCAGCACCAACUCUGCAGGAGCGACGGCGAGGACGGGCAGAGGGCGUGGUCGCCGAGCAGCCGCACCCCCGAGCUGGCGGCCAGCCUGGAGGAGGCGCACUUCUGCAACGGCCGCCUCUCGUGGCGCCGCGUGCGCUCCACGCCCCCGCUCUCGCAGCCGCACGCGCUGCCCCUGUCGCUGACGCAGCCACCCUCCGCCUCCGGCUCAGACUCUGGAUCUCCGCUCACAGAUGGCGAGUGUGACGACUGCUGCAGCAGCGCGAGCGCGUGCAGCGUGUGCGGCGCCGGCCCGCCCCCACCCCCGCCCCCGCUGUCGCCGCCCCCGCUGUCGCCGCCGCCGUCGCCGGACUGCGUGCUGGCGUCGCGCUGCCUGGGCGUGCCGCUACCCUCGCGGCCCUACGGCGGCACCAAGAUGGCCCUGCCCAAGCCCUGCUGCCACAGGGGGUUGGCCUACCGCCUGCGCGUCGGCGACCAGUGGACCCUCCGCGGGCAGUUCAGCGUGAGCGGGCAGGGCGUGCUGCGCGUCGACUACAGCCACAACUGGAGCCUGCUGGGCCGCUACAUGGCCGAGUGAGAGCAGGAGGAAGACAGAGGGCGAGGGCCCCGCUACCCGCUGCUCGCUGCGCCCCGUCAGCACGGCUGACGGACGCUGCAGCCGCCGCUGGCAGAGGACAGAGGACAGUCACCACCUCAAGCGAGUGACAACCCUGUGUCUCAGACUGGAAACUGCACCCAGCGUGUCUCACUGUGUCAUUACAUGCAACCAGUAGAGAACUGUACAAGUCUGUUGUUGUUUAGUGAAAGAUGAAUUUAUGAGUUUGAGUGUAGAAUAAAUGUACUAGUUUACAUAAAGUUCUAUGUUUUUGGCAAGGAUGAUUUACAUCCGUACUCUGCGAA